AAGCAACAUUUUGUCCAUCUUCGUGUGUCGACGAAAAACGACAGCAAGGUGUUUUCACCGCCAAACAGCUCCUUCCCUCCUGAAGUUGCGCAUCCCUCCUUUCCUUUCCUUCGCCCCCUCUCUCUCUCCCACUGUCUCUCUCCUUUUGGGCCCCUCCCCAGCCUCUCCAUAGUGGGAAUAUUCUCCAAAAGAAGGACAAACUUAUCAGACGUGAAAGCAGCAUCAGUGAGAGCUAUCACCUCAGACAAUGAGCAGUCCACUGGAGAAGGUUGUGGCCCAGAAGAAGCAGUCCAUCGAGGCCGCCAUGGACAUGUUGGAGAAGGGUGCCGAGGUGUUGGCCAGCGCCGUGGGCGAGCUCUUCCCCCUCUGUGAGGCGGCCGCCCCCGUUCUACGUCUGGCCUUGGACAACGUCCACAGCAAGGAGGUGUUCUACGUGAAAGAGCAGUUCCUGACGGUGAGGAACAGCUUGGACGUGCUCUCCGGCCAGCUGGAGGACAUCGACUGCGAGAUCAAGAAGGGACGGCUGGACUCUCAGUAUUUUAGCGUGGAGGAGAACAUCAGGAACCAGUUCAGGAAGUACAUGGACAUCAUCGAGGCCAAGGAGCAGUUCCGGGAGGUGAAGACCAAACUUUUCUUGGAGCAUUUUUCCAGAAGCGGAGGGGAGAAGAACCUGUUUGUGCUCUAUGACGCUCUGAUGGGGAACAACAGCUUUGCAGAGUCCAUUUUGGAGGUGGUAGAAAGGUACGUAUCAAGGAACCGCCGUCUUCUGGAGGACUUCUGCGUGCGCACCAAGGAGCUCCUCUGCUUGGGCCUGAUUGCUCUGCUGGGCCACUCCGCCUUGACCCGCAACCAAGAGGAAGAACAGGACAAGAUCCAAGAGUGGAACCGCAAGAUGGACGAAAUGGAGUUCCGCAUGAAGAGAACCAUCGAGUCCUGCAUCGCCGCCUUCCCCGAACAGGCCAAGCUGGACGCUCAGCACCUCCUGCAGGAGAAGCAAACCGAGAGCCUCCAGGACACGACCCAGCAGCUUCUGGACUUCCUGGUGAAAAAGUACGACUGGGUCAGCUGGUCCGUGCGCCUCAUUAACCACGCGGGGAGCACCUACCGGAACUGGCGGGCCGGCGAGCACUUCCACCAUGUGGCGGGACACAACUGGUUCGAGGUGCUGCAGGUGAACAACAUCAACCUGGUGGUGUCCUUCAGCACCCGGCCACAGCCGGUGCCGCGGGACUCGGUUCUGCAGCUGAUGGAGGGCCAGGCGAGGAAGGGCAACGCCCCCGCCGUGGUGGAGGUCCUGGAGAAUCAGCUGAGCGGCUUCGUGGUGCACGCCGUCAGUCGCCACAAGGAGUCGGCGGCGGCGUGGAGCUUCCCUGAAGACUGCCACUACUGGGACCGCCACAAGAAUGUGGCCGUGUGCGUUCACGCCGACUAACACCGCAUGGAAUAUCCCAAAUUUAGUAAUAGAUCGGUAUGACAAUUAUACUUACGGGCUUCAGCACGGGUGUCCAAAGGGCGGCCCGGGGGCCAUUUAUCGCCCGCGACUGCUUUUUUUACUGGCCCUCGGCACAUUCUAAAAAUAUGAUUAAACAAUAACAUUUCAAAAACAACAGCAAAAAUGGCAAAAAUAGCAGACAUUUUACAAGAAUAAAGACAAAACAUGAAGGGAGUAAAGUCAUGACAUUAACAAAAAAACGCAUAAAGUGGAAAUAUUAGAGGAAAAAAGUUAUAAAUAUAUAAGAAACAAACCAAACAAAGAAUGAAGUUGAAAUUUUAGGAAAAUUAGGCUGGGUAAAUGUUAUAACGUUAUGAUAAUAAAGUCAAAAUAUGAAAGAAGUCAUAUUAGUAUGAGAAAAAAACGUAGACUGUUGAUAUAUUUGCAAAAGUAAUGUAAGGAGACACAGUUCAAAGUACUAAUAAUAUUAUUAUCACUGAUAAAAUGAAUAAAUACAUUUAAUAUGUAUAAAUAUAUAUAUAUAUACAUGAUAUUCAAUGUUUUGUUUGGGUUGGUUUUUUUUUUCUUAAUGUAAAAGUGGCCCCCGUAUCUUUGGAUUUUUCAGUAUGCGGCCCUCAGUGGAAAUAGUUUGGACACCCCUGGUCCUCAGUAUCGCUGGUAGGAUGGACAAUUUAGUAGGAUUUUGCACAAAAGUUGUUUUUUUGAAUGAAUGAAUUUUAAGUGUAAACCAAAAAUGAUGUUCUAACAGUAGCAUGACGCUUCAUGAGCACCAAAUGUGCCAAAAAUCUAUCAUCUCUCAUUUGUUUACUUUGCUUCUGAGAGAGAAGAGGCACUCAAAAGCUUCAAAAAUGUCGAGGACAUGAUCCCGCCUCCGACCCACCAACCAAUCCCGAUAUUAGACAAUAGAGAAAAAUUCCGAUAAGCGACAUAUCAGCCGAUUCAAUUUUUACAUUUUUCCAUUAAAAAAAGAAAAAAAAGAAAUGCCGGCUUGUUCUAAAGGUAGAAAUGGAACAAUGGAAAAAUAUCCCUCGUUUAUGGCGGUUAAUUGGUUCCACACAUAUAAUAUUUUUGUAGAUAGCACAGAAAACCUGUUUACCACCUUCUAAAUACGUUUUUCGUAACAUUAUUAGCGCCCUAUAGACAUGAAAUAACACCCCAUAGUCACCUUUACACUCCUGUUACCUAACAUCAUAGACAUAAUAAGACAUUGGGAGAGCUCCUUGUUGUUUUUUGUACUUCCUGCGGUGCCUAUUGUGCCAUCAAUGUAACAUUAAUGACACCUAGUGACCAGUGUAGAAUACUACAUAUCAUUUUUGAGUGUGUCCUCUGAAUGCCUUACAUUUGUAUUUUCCUUAAUUUAGUCAUUUUUAUGCUUGAAAAUGCUAAAAAUACUUCAAUAUGAAUCAUUUUGACUAGUGGGCAACAUGAACCACAAAACAGCAUGAAUUAUUGUCUCAUGUAUUUUUUAAAACCGCGAUGGAGUGAAGCUGCGAUAUUCGAAGCGUGACGUGGCGAGAGGUUGCUGUACUGCAAAAAGUACAACUUUUUUAGUGAAACAUCUGUUCUCAAAUGGCUGCAAUGGUUCUGUAGCUUUAACAACCACAUCGUGUGUUUGUGUGACCAACUCAGUGUGCUUUUUGUGCAAUUUCCUGCUAAACUAAACUGAUAUUAGCCGCUAACUUAUCUAGCGAGCACUUUGUUUCCGAGCGCCCUUCACUGCCCACACCAGCAUGUCUCACAGCCAAGUCUCCACGAAGAAAAACGGACCGCACACUCUGGUGGUUCUGCUGAAGUCCCGAACCUCGAGCGCUGCUCCAGCUGAACAGUGUGUAGCGAGUCAUGCCUGCUAAAUCAAAUCAAUAUGUUUAUUGUUUAGUUGGCAUUAUUGCCAAUCGUGAAUCACAGAAGAGGUUGCCUUUUUGUGUCGUAUGUUUGUGUAGUUGGUCAUCCUGUACAGCAGGGGUCUCAAACUCAAUUUGACUGGGGGCCAGUGGAGGUAGAGUUUGGGUGAGGCAGGGCCGCAUCAAGUAUUGGGAGUAGGGUUGGGAAUCUCAGGGUGCCUCACGAUACGAUACCAUUCCCAAUACAUCCAUGUGAUAACACCACUGUUAGUUCAGUGUUGGUGUUUUCUUGCCCCUGGAAGUAUGGAAGUAACACUGAGCUUGCCUGGAUGUUGCGGCCUGCAGUUACACUACUCUUCAAUGUCCAGUCGCGGGCCACAAGAUUUGGUGGGCCACAAAUGGCCCGCGGGCCGCGAGUUUGAGACCCCUGCUGUAGAGGAAUCCUACUUGCCAGAAAUUAACCUAUCUUAGUCGGGUUUGGAGCCAGUUAACCGUGAUAAACGAGGGAUUCCCAGAUAAGAUAACGGUUAAAAAGCAUGAUGCAUUUAGCCGACUGUCCUGCAGGGGAGCUGUUUUACGUUUUCUUUCAUUCCGCCUACGCUAAAAUCCCUGCAUUAAAAUGCAUUUGCCGACUAGUAACUUCCGUUUUUCGUUGUUUUUCUGAAUGUCAAGCCAGCCAUCGCUCACUUAAGAUGUUUUAAUCCAUAACCUCACACGAGGUGACACAAAGAAGCAGAAGUGUGUAUUCAAAUCUUGCCUAUUGACUGGUUUCUCGGACUCAAUAAAGUCAGUGCAUGUUAAA